UAGAGAGUAAAAGACCUCGAGGACGAAGUCGAGCCACACCCAGCCACACCAGCCACUCAACCUCGACAGACCUCAACUCCACUCGCAAUCCACCCUCUGCUAUCUACAACCACAACCACAACUACACAAUGUCGGCGGAAGACUCACCAUUGAUACCACUAGAAGGCACUGAGAUGGCAGGAGGAGGCGGAGGGUACCCGCUGCCGGUCUACCUGGGCGGCCUGGCGAUCGCGUGUCUGAUCGCGUUCGCGGUGUACUCGUUCAUCUUUAGUAAAACGCAUGGGGUCGCUGCUGCCGGGCCGACAUUCAUCAUCGCCGGUCCUUCAGGGGCGGGCAAGACUGCUUUAUUUACUUUGCUUCGAUAUGGCGAAAAAUCAACAACCCUGCCGUCUAUCGAGCAAAACAUCUCGACGAGUUACAGACUACCAAGCCUGCCCGAUACCGCAAAGCCAUUCGUGCUGAUCGACACCCCCGGCCACCAGAAACUACGCCAGAGCAUGUUCGACGUGCUGCAGGUCUCGCAAGCGGCGCGGACGAUCCACGGCGUGUUGUUUGUCGUCGACGCCUCGGCGGUGUCGAAGCCCGAGAAACUGCGCGAGGCGGCGGAGUACCUCUAUGAUGUUCUGAGGGUUACAGAGAAAGUGCGCGGGGGGUCGGACGUGCUUGUUGCGGCGAACAAGAGCGAGCUCUUUACGGCUGUGCCGGCGAAACGGCUGCGCACGCUGCUCGAGGCGGAGGUUCAGAAGAUUCGCGAGACGCGGACGAAGGCGAUUGGAAAGGUGGGGUUGGAUGGGGAGAAGGAGGAGGAGGAGGACGGCGAUAGCGCGACGGUCGGUGGUGAUGGCUGGCUUGGGUUGCGGGAUGGGAAGCCGUUCAGGUUUGAGGAUCUGGAGUCGGACGUGAUGGUUGUUGGGGGAAGCGUCGAGACUGGGAAGGUGGAUGAUUGGGUUGGAUGGAUGGAGGAGCGCGCUGUGAAUUAGCGUCCUUGUAUUAUAGAUAUGUUUUUGAGCAACUACUAAUG